AUGCCUCCGAAGCGUAAGAACCAAGAACCCACUACACCAAAGCCCGCGAAGAAAGCCAAGACAAGCGGCACUCCUACGCGCACAUCCCCGCGCAACAAGACCGGUAGUGAGACACCACCCGCAACCAGUACCGGCAAGAAGCAGAGGAAGCCGGCGCAUCCCGGAUCAAAAGCAGUCAAGGCCCCAGACGAAGACGCCAACUUCGAAUGGGAGAUCUUAGACGGCGACGAACGCUCGACGCUAGUCGUCGGUAAGGAUCAGGCAAAUCGACUGACACUCACGUUCCACCAUCGACAUGACAGGAACGAGAAAGAUCGAGUCUUUACAUACGAAAGGAGGGAAGCGACUGAUAUCGACUGGAACUCCAAGGACCAUAUCCGGGACAUCAACAAGUGGCGCAAUCAAAUCUUCGUCCAGAAUAUGAAGUUCCCUCCCAAAGUCACCCACACACCAUGGACUCCGUUCGAGACCGCCUAUCUCGAGCUGUUUCACGAGAAGCUUCUGGAAGCUGCCACUGGGAAGACCGACCCGUUCGUCGCGCCCCACAACGAACUCAUCUACAAGGCUUUCAACGACUACUUUGAGGACCGGACCGAUAUUCGGGACAAGAGCGGCAAACCCAUAGAGGAGGGUCUCGGUACCAGGCCCCCAGGUGGCCUGAAUUCGUACCUCAACCGCGCUGGUACUACCCUCCGUGGCCUCCGAGAUCGUAUGAAAGCACUCGAGCCCAAGCUUAAGAAGAGCAAGAAGGAGGACACCUGGAUGCCUACCAUCACCGACGACGAGAUCGAGCAGUACAUCAAAGGGGAGUGGGAGUCGGCUGUUGAUACUACUGCCGCUGGUGAUGAGGGUGAAGAAGAGGAUGUAGAUCAAGCGGAGGAAGAGGAUGAGGAUCAAGCUCAAGCUGAGGAUGAAGGUGAAGAAGGAGAGGAUGAAGAUCAAGCUGAGGAAGAAGACGACGGUAAUGUCUCCGAUGGUUCUACUCUUACCACACCACCUGACACCGACGAAGAACUUGAAAGCAUGGAGAUUCUCGAGCGCGAACAACAGGCUAAGCGUCUGAUAGUCAAGCUCAAGCUUAAACCCAGCACAGCCAGCAAGUUUCCAGGGGGCAAACGACCAACCACCAAGCCUGCGACAACCAAGCCUACAAUAACGAAGCCUACAACCAGCAAGCCUACAGUCACCAAACCUACAGUCACCAAGCCUACAACCAGCAAUCCCGCAUCAAACACGCGGAGUACUAGUAAGGCCACCUCGGGCAGGUCAAGCGCCCGUUCUUCUUCGCCACCUCCUCCAGAGAAAAGCACCAAGAAGACGAGUCCCGCCAAGAAGACGAUGACUGAUUCACGGAAAACGACGGAAGCGCCCGAACCGAAGUCGAAGCCGCGAGUCGUUAAGCCCGUCGAGACAGAACCAAUACCUACCCAUCCAGACGUCAUUGCCGAUCUUAAGGCUAAGGGCUACACUUGGACCGAACUUCCCAAGAAUAACGAGGAGGCGAUCAAGGCACAUCGGGAGGCGCAGAACGCGAAGCCUAGUGACAAUGCGUGGAUCGAACCAACCAAGAAGAACCUUGAAGACCGUAUUCAGAGGCAGACAAAUGAGGAUUUUAAUCGCGAGUUCUUCAACAAGGACUUAAAAGAGAAAUAUGAGGGCAAGGGCAAGAUGGUCAACGUGGAGGAUUGGCACGAGAAAUCUGCACGCAGAGACGGAGCGGCGGAAGUUACUGCCCUGCUCAACACGGCUGAUAUCCCACCCCUCGGCUACACAGGUGACAUCCGCGAUCUCCACAAGAAGAGGCUGUUAUCAGAGGACGAACUCGAGUUGGCUGACGCACGCGAAGCUGCCAUCCCUCGCAUGCAGGAAGCAGUCGAGCGCGCGCGCCAGAUGAAGAUCAAGGAGGAGUCUGACAAAGACCCCAACUUGAAAGCGAAGCAUGAUCGGGCUGCAGCUAUGCAAAAAGAUGUGGCCUACGAUUCAGACAUCACGACUUCGGGGGAAGAUACGGAUGAGGAGGCAUGA